CAAUCCAGUGCUGCCAUCGACAUUCAGAUUUGAGUUGAGAUGUCAACGUCAACGUUGUUAACUAACUAAUCAAAACUAAAUCCAAAUGCAAAAAUGUCGUGACAGUAGUUGUUUGAACGUGGUUGUUGUCGGAGUUUUUGAAUUGCUGUACUCGGAGAAAUUGAAGGUGCCAAAAUGUUACUAAAAUGUUUAUAUUUAAUAACAUAUUUAGUACUUCUCACAAAUUUAGUUAAUGCUCAGUUAUUAGAAGGUAUUUAUUGUGGAAAAGAAAAUUGUUAUGAUGUGUUGGAAGUGACCAGAGAGGCCACAAAAAAUGAAAUAUCAAGAAAUUACAGAAAAUUGGCACGCCAAUAUCAUCCUGAUUUACACAGGACUGCCGAGGCAAAAGAAAUAGCGGAGGAACAAUUCAAGAAAAUUGCAAAUGCAUAUGAAAUAUUGAAAGAUGAAGAAUCUCGAUCAGAUUACGAUUAUAUGUUAGAUAAUCCAGAUGAGUACUAUGCUCAUUAUUAUAGAUAUUACAGAAGAAGAGUAGCACCAAAGGUAGAUGUAAGGAUAGUUUUAAUUGUAACUAUUUCUGUAAUAUCCGCUGUACAAUAUUAUAGCGGAUGGCAGAGAUAUGACACUGCUAUAAAAUAUUUUGCUACUGUCCCAAAAUAUAGGAAUAAAGCACUUGAUAUAGCUAAACAAGAUGGACUUUUAUCAGGCGAUAAGAAAAUUAAAGGGAAAAGUAAAGUGUCAAAAGAAGAAACAGAAUGUAUUAUUAAAAAGGUAAUAGAAGACAAAAUGGACAUUAAAGGUGCAUAUGCUAAACCUAAAAUAACAGACAUUCUCUGGAUCCAGUUAGUAAUUUUUCCUUAUACCAUUGUAAAAUAUAUUUGCUGGUAUCUAUCUUGGUUCUGGAGGCACACUUUAUUAAAACAGCCAUAUAAUGAGGAGGAAAAACUUUACAUUAUAAGAAAAUAUUUAAAGAUGGGCCAACAUCAGUUUGAUAGUCAGGAAGAUGAAAAAAUACAAGAAUAUUUAGAUAGGGAGUUGUGGAUAAGAGAGAAUUUUGAUGAGUGGUUUAAAAAAGAAGAGGAGAAUGCCAAAAGGUUAUUAGCAGAAAAUAAUAGAUAUAAACAAUACCGCCGGUACAUAAAAAAUCAUGGGGUGGGACGGAUGACAUUUGACGAUUCUUAAAUUUUUAUAAUUCAUUUUAUAAUUUUAUUUUCAACAUGACACAAGACUACUGCAUUCCUACAUCUUAGUAUUAUUUAGAUAUGCAAUAUUGCAGAGAGGAAAUUAAAAACAAAAAAAAAAUCAUUUUCUCAUUCAAAGUACUUACUAAAUUAAUGUCUUUCUUUUUCUGCAUUAAUUUAUUUCUAUCUUUUUGUGCAGUAUACAUAAAAAAAUUAUAUUUUUUUAAAUCCAAGGAAGUAGAAAAAGUGUGGUUCAAUAAAUAUCUACUAUUUAACCUCUAUUAAUAUUUUUAUGUUAAAUAAUAAAUGGUUUUGUGAAAGUUGUCAAAUACUCUUAAAUUUCAAUUUUUAUAUUAAGAAAAUUCACAAUAUAAUUUUUUCAGCAGGAAAUCCAUUUUUUUUUUCUUUCAAAGAGAAAGUUCAUCAAUUGUUUCAAUUUCACAUUUACGUCAAAUGAUUUACUUUAUUAAACCGCGACUAGCCAAUGCUGUACACCACAAACAUUUAUUAGAAUAACUGUUCUUGUUUUUUUUACAAAGAGAAAUCAAUUUAAUUUCUGUGUUGUAUAAUUAUUAACUUUUAACUCUGUUGUAAACUGCUAUAUUCCAUAUUACAAAUCUAUUUCAUAUUUGAAAUAAAUCGUGUUAAAAUAUUUGUUGUCUGUUGUUAUUUAUUUAUUAAAGAAGAGAUUUUA